UGGAAGCGGGCGCGUGCCGGGGGUUGGUGGGCCAGCCUGCGGCGGACGGAGGGAGCGGCCUGCUGCAGCGAUGGCGUGUCACCGCCUGGUGCUGGUGCGGCACGGCGAGAGCACCUGGAACCAGGAGAACCGCUUCUGCGGCUGGUUCGACGCGGAGCUGAGCGAGCGGGGCGUGGGCGAGGCGCAGCGGGGGGCCCAGGCCCUGCGGGACUCGGGCUACCUGUUCGACUGCUGCUUCACCUCGCUGCUGCGCCGCGCCGUCCGCACCCUGUGGAUCAUCCUGGACACCACCGACCAGAUGUGGCUGCCCGUCACCCGCACCUGGCGCCUCAACGAGCGCCACUACGGCGCGCUGACCGGCCUCAACAAGGCGGAGACCGCCGCCCGCCACGGGGAGGAGCAGGUCCGCGUCUGGAGGCGCUCCUUCGACGUGCCGCCGCCCCCCAUGGACGACCAGCACCCCCACUACUGCACCAUCAGCAAGGCACGUCGCUAUGCAGAUCUAAAGUCCGGUGAGCUCCCAGCCUGUGAGAGUCUGAAGGACACCAUUGCACGAGCCCUGCCGUUCUGGAAUGAUGUGAUCGUGCCACAGAUUAAGGCGGGCAAGCGGGUGCUGAUCGCGGCCCACGGCAACAGCCUGCGUGGCAUCGUCAAACACUUGGAGGGUAUGUCUGACGCUGCCAUCAUGGAGCUCAACCUGCCCACCGGUAUCCCCAUUGUCUACGAGCUGGACGCAAACCUGAAGCCCACGGGUCCCAUGAAGUUCCUGGGGGAUGAGGCAACUGUGAAGGCAGCCAUGGAGGCAGUGGCAUCCCAAGGCAAGGUUAAGAAGUGAACGCUCCAGAUUUCAGACAAAAGCGAGUGUCGGGCACCGUGACAGGUGCGCCAAUGCUGUGCUCACGUCACAAUAUUGUUUUUUAAUAAAGCAUUGCUGUUAUUUAUCAACCAAUUAAAUUAAACCUAACCCUGAUGCCA